UCACUGACAUAAGCAGCAGCCUUUGUGGCAGUCCUCAUUCUCAGCUGUAUGCAUCACCCAUUAAUUUGUGGAUUGGCAUGGCCGCCUGGUAAUAGCAGAAUAGCCCAAGACUAGGAGUGCAGAGACUUGGGUUCUAAUUCCAGCGCUGCUGUUAACUCACUGGGUGCCCUUGAGUAAAUUACUCAUCUCCCUGUAUGUCAGUGUCCUCAUCUGUGAAAAAAGGGGGUUGGACCAGACCAGUCUCUAAGGACUUAAUGUAACACUGCACCACUUUCCAUGAUUUCUAAGCACUAUAGCUCCUAAAACCCAUUCCCUGGGCCAGGGAAGGAGAAAGGAGUUAAGGGGAAGCACAAGACACCCUGAAGGGGAGCGGAUGGGGCUGAAGGAGUUGCAGGGUGGAAGAGGGACACUGAGAGGGGUAGCCUCUCGGUGGAGUCCAUGUCCUCACCCAGUGCUGGCUUUGGCUCUGCCAGGGACCCAGACUCGCUUCAGCCAGGAGCCAGCAGACCAGACUGUGGUGGCUGGACAGCGGGCCGUGCUCCCCUGCGUGCUGCUCAACUACUCGGGGAUCGUGCAAUGGACCAAGGAUGGGCUGGCUCUGGGUAUGGGCCAGGGCCUCAAAGCCUGGCCACGGUACCGGGUAGUGGGCUCUGCGGAUGCUGGCCAGUACAACCUGGAGAUCACGGGUGCCGAGCUCUCCGACGACGCCUCCUAUGAGUGCCAGGCCACGGAGGCCGCCCUGCGAUCCCGGAGGGCAAAACUCACUGUGCUGAUCCCCCCCGAGGACACCAGGAUUGAUGGAGGUCCUGUGAUUCUGCUGCAGGCCGGCACCCCCCACAACCUCACGUGCCGAGCCUUCAAUGCCAAGCCUGCUGCCACCAUCAUCUGGUUCCGGGAUGGGACGCAGCAGGAGGGCGCUGUGGCCAGCACGGAAUUACUGAAGGAUGGCAAGAGAGAGACGACCAUCAGCCAGCUGCUCAUCAACCCCACAGACCUGGACAUCGGGCGUGUCUUCACCUGCCGCAGCGUGAAUGAGGCCAUCCCGAGUGGCAAGGAGGCCUCCAUUCAGCUGGAUGUGCACCAUCCACCUACAGUGACCCUGUCCAUUGAGCCACAAACGGUGCAGGAGGGUGAGCGGGUCGUCUUUACCUGCCAGGCCACGGCCAACCCUGAGAUCCUGGGCUACAGGUGGGCCAAGGGGGGGUUCUUGAUUGAAGACGCCCAUGAGAGUCGCUACGAGACGAAUGUCGAUUAUUCCUUCUUCACGGAGCCGGUGUCCUGUGAGGUCCACAACAAAGUGGGGAGCACCAACGUCAGCACUUUAGUAAACGUCCACUUUGCCCCCCGGAUUGUAGUGGACCCCAAACCUACCACCACGGACAUUGGCUCUGAUGUCACCCUCACUUGCGUCUGGGUUGGGAACCCCCCUCUCACCCUCACUUGGACCAAAAAAGACUCAAACAUGGGGCCCCGGCCUCCUGGCUCCCCACCCGAGGCUGCUCUCUCUGCUCAGGUCCUGAGUAACAGCAACCAGCUGCUGCUGAAGUCAGUGACCCAGGCAGACGCCGGCACCUACACCUGCCGGGCCAUCGUGCCUCGCAUUGGAGUGGCCGAGCGGGAGGUGCCCCUUUAUGUGAACGGCCCCCCCAUUAUCUCCAGCGAGGCGGUGCAGUAUGCUGUCAGGGGCGAUGGAGGCAAGGUGGAAUGUUUCAUUGGGAGCACGCCACCCCCAGACCGCAUUGCAUGGGCAUGGAAGGAGAACUUCCUGGAGGUGGGGACCCUGGAACGCUAUACGGUGGAGAGGACCAACUCGGGCAGCGGGGUGCUGUCCACGCUCACCAUCAACAACGUCAUGGAGGCCGACUUUCAGACCCACUACAACUGCACUGCCUGGAACAGCUUCGGGCCAGGCACAGCCAUCAUCCAGCUGGAGGAGCGAGAGGUGCUACCUGUGGGCAUCAUUGCCGGGGCCACCAUCGGUGCGGGCAUCCUGCUCAUCUUCUUCUUCAUCGCCCUGGUGUUCCUCCUCUAUCGGCGCCGCAAAGGCAGUCGCAAGGACGUGACCCUGAGGAAGCUGGACAUCAAAGUGGAGACGGUGAACCGUGAGCCACUCACAAUGCACUCGGACCGGGAGGACGACACCGCCAGUGUCUCCACAGCGACCCGGGUCAUGAAAGCCAUCUACUCGUCCUUUAAGGAUGAUGUGGAUCUGAAGCAGGAUCUGCGCUGUGACACCAUCGACACCCGGGAGGAGUAUGAGAUGAAGGACCCCACCAACGGCUACUACAAUGUGCGUGCCCACGAAGACCGUCCGUCUUCCAGGGCAGUGCUCUAUGCUGACUACCGUGCCCCUGGCCCUGCCCGCUUCGAUGGCCGCCCCUCUUCCCGUCUCUCCCACUCCAGCGGCUACGCCCAGCUCAACACCUACAGCCGGGCCCCAGCCUCCGACUACGGCCCUGAGCCCACACCCCCUGGCCCUGCUGCCCCAGCCGGCACCGACACUACCAGCCAGCUGUCCUACGAGAACUAUGAGAAGUUCAACUCCCAUCCCUUCCCUGGGGCAGCUGGGUACCCCACCUACCGACUGGGCUACCCCCAGGCUCCUCCUUCUGGCCUGGAGCGGACCCCAUAUGAGGCGUAUGACCCCAUUGGCAAGUACGCCACAGCCACUCGGUUCUCCUACACCUCCCAGCACUCGGACUAUGGCCAGCGGUUCCAGCAGCGCAUGCAGACUCACGUGUAGAGGCCAGAGCCUGGCUGGGGCAUCUCUGCGGGGCAGAGGAGAAGGCGUUCACGGCUGUUCCCUGAUAUUCAGGGGCGUUGCUCGUUGUUCCCGUCUUGGACCAGCCUUCCUCCUCCCGCUGUGGCAGGUGGGGAGCAGGUCUCCCAGAAACACACCGUCCCGAGGAUGGUGCUCUGUGCAUGCCCCAGCCUCUGGGCCUGCCCUUCCCUCUUCUUCGGGAGGAUGUGUCUCUUCUGACCUGUGCUCUUGCUGGUCCCAGCAUGGGGCCAGGGAAAGUGAGGGUUGGGGAGAACAGAGGGGGGUGCUUUUUAGCAAUCCCUUUCUAUCCCACCCCUCUGGGCUCCUAUAAGUGGAGGGGGGCUACACAGGGACAGACAGGCUUUGGCCUAAAGGGCAUGAAGUAUAGGGGUAGCUGGCUGUGACACACAGAGGUGGAAAACAGGAUAGCCUUGCCAGUCCCACUGGUGUCUGCGUGCAUCUGUCCCCACUCGGGACUGCACAAGGGCCACUGGAUUUAUUUUAGCUCUGUCUAUGGAACACAGCCCUGGUACUGAGUUCAAAUCCAGCCUUCAAUCAGUUGGGAUCAAAUGGCCAAUCAUCCUGGCUGCCUGCUAUGGACAUCCAUCUGGUAUCCCCAAUAGUGCUGCCUCCUUUCUUUCUCUAUGCUGGGCCAGAUAAGUCAGGGGUUCCGAGUGGAGAAAGGAAAGGUCAAGAACCAUGUCCUGAUUCACCAGCAAGAGACAGCUGUGUGCUACAUAGCUGUUUCCAGAACCAACACUAGAGGCAGCCCACCCAAGCCCCCUACUUCCCCAGUCUGCCCCACUUCCUGGCUUUAACUCUUGAGCCUGCCCGGGGAGUGGUGGGGUGGAAGUGGGGGUGCUAUAAGGCUAUUUUUCAAAAACAAUGAAAACCUCAUUUGAAAAGAAAAGCUGUAGGGAUUUCCCCCACCCAAAUACCAGUCCCAGUGGAAAGGGAAAAGGGGCAUCUGUUCUUCUCUACCAGAUUCCUAACACCCUCCACCACUCAUCCAAUCUCCAAGCACUUUGAAUCCAUUUUUAUACAUUCAGGCCGUGAGAACCUGUCCCAAGGAUGGGCGCUGGACAGGGUUAGGGAGGGGACCUGGCUCGCAGGCUCUGUCAUCCUGCCCUAAGACCCACCAGCUGGUUAGAAAGGCCACCUUCCAGGGGCCAUGGGAGAUGUCUUUACACAGCUUUGUUUUUUGUUUUGUUUUGUUUUUUUCUUGGACCAAUCAGAUCCCUUCUACCACUUUCAGUGCCUUGCCGCGUCAGGCUUUGGUUGUAUGGGGAGCGAGUAUUUGUAGGCCUCAGACUCGCUGUCCAGUGUUACCGUGUUAGGGGGGAAACGGGUGAUGAGAGGACCUGGCGAGGAAGGGGGCCGGGAAAUGGCCCCCGACGAGAACUUGCUCUGACUGGGGGGCUGGCGCGGACGGGCACCGCAGGCAUUCCACGGACCAUGCUGUCUACCCCCUGCAUCCCCCACGGGCACAUGCGCCCACACACAUUCCACACGAUUGUUUCUCAGCUGCCACCUUCUGACCAAAGAGAACAGGCGCUCCGAAGAGAACCUGUACCCCUGCCCCUGCCUCCCCUAACCAAGAAUCCGUGUCUGCAGUCCGCGCUCCGUCUCCCGGACUGCACGUCGCACCCCUGGGAGGCGGGGCCUCCGGUGCCGUUCCCAGAAUGCACCUUGCCCUUUCUCGGUGGUCACCAUUCAUUAGUCAUGUUCGCUUUAAUGAGUUACAUGCUCGUCAGCCACGGGCCAUCAACACCCUUACAGAUGGGUCUGUGGGGUGACAUUCCCUGCCAGCCACUCCCUGGUGAGGACCAGAUGAUACCCAGGAAGAAAGUUGCUCCAGUUCCAGCCUCGCAGGCUGCCUCUGCGUCUCCUUUUCAGCAGGAGGAUUCCCAGAUAGUGGGCCCAUCUUAGGGUCUUAUUCAGGCUCCCAGAUAUAGUCCAUCCCUGAAAGUUGACACCUUCCUGCAGUGCCCUUUCAUGGGAGCUCAGUGGGAGGGACUGGCAAGGAUGCAGGUUCUUGUGCAGACACAUCCAUGCAAAUUUUGAUUAUUUUUGCAGAAACCAGGAGCCAUGGAUAAUCCAAACAGAUAGUGGCUUUUGAAACGUAGGUUUGGCCAGAUUCUCUUAUUUUCCCCCUUUCUGGUGUAAGUGUUGGGCCCCUUCUACUAAAAUGAUGGGGAGGGGAGGAGCGGACCAAGGUCACUAGGUAACUCAGCUAAUUCUUCAGGGAUGCUGGUUGAGAAAGGAAGCAUAGUUUGGAGUUUGUUACGGGGCUCCUUCACCGUUAGCACAUUAACUGGGGCCUCCGGGGUUAGGAGCACCGCGCAAGGUGCAGGGAACAUCAGCCAGCAAGGCAAACUCGGCUCUCUGCCGUGUACAUUCUUAUCUGGCCAGAAUGUGAGCUGGGACCUGCCAGGUAUGUAGGCCACAGGCAAGAGCCUUUUGGAGGAGUAGAAGGUGCCUUUGAUCACCUAGCUUUGUUGUUCAAGCCUGGAGAAUUUUCUAACCUGGUGUAUCAGUACUCGUUGAUGUGGUGACCCUAGUGAUCCUGAUCUCCCUUGACUUUCUUCUUUUAGUGGAAGGUUCAUGGGGCUAGGGUUCGGGAGGCCUGGGACCCAGUUCUGAAGCUGCUAUUUAGUGAGUGACCUGAGGUUACCUCUUUGUGUUCAUUGUCCUCUAGUAUUCUGGUCUGUAAAAUGAGAGGGAAAAGUUGCAAGAACCUAAAAUUGUUCUGUUUUUGCUGCUGGGGGUGGUGGAGCUUCCCAUUCCUGCCAAGUUUUGGGGAGCAGUAAAGGAGCAGGACCAGGUAUGGGGAGCUGAGAGUUUUGCUUCUCCUUUUGAAAGACACUUUUGACACAGGCUUCAUUAUUUCACUUCAAGUGCUGUACAUUAACUUCCACCAGAAACCCCCCAUAUCACACACAGCAACGAAAAGCACACUCUAAACUUCGGCAUGAUACCAAUUUGGGUUAUCCUUUAGCCUUUGGGUUUCCUAUGCUGCUCUCCACUCAGAGGUCUAAAAGGUUUGCAGAAGUGUCUUUGGCCAGGGGCAGGGUGAUGGUGGGGUUCCUUUGCUGUGUGCUGAGGUUUCAGGCAGUUUCCUCAGGAGCUGUGCCCUGGCUCGGGGACAGCUCACCCCACUUACGGAGCAAGGUGAGGUCUGGGGUCUAAGGCAUCCUGAGCUAGAGGAGUGAGUACAGCCAACCUGUCAGGAGGAGUAAGUUGUUAGGGAAGCUACUUCCAACUUCGUGGGAAGAGAAAAACAGCUGUUUUGAUGUGAAUUCUGCAUCUUAAAAGACUUCUUGAUCUGG